UAUAUAUACCCUCUCUCUCUCUCUCUCUCUCUCCCCUUCCUUUGGCCAUGGUUGAUAACUCCAUCGUCUGUUGCAUGUGCGGCGACGUCGGUUUCCCUGACAAGCUCUUUCGUUGCACCGGAUGCCGGUCUCGGUUCCAACAUUUAUACUGUAGUAACUACUACGAUGAAUCGUUGCCAGCGGACAGUCUUGCAUUCUGCGAUUGGUGCCAUAGCAAAGAGCGGAGCGUUAGGCAUGCUGUAGCACAAUCAAAGAGAUCAGCAGAGAAGAACACCAGCAUCAUCAAACGGUCUGAGUACUCCGGCGACAAGAUCAAAAGGCAUGAUAGAGAGGAGAGCAGCGAUCGCGGUAAGAACGUAGGUAGCGCGCCUUCGCCGCGGCGUAGGUACAAGUUCCUUAAGGAUGUCAUGUGUUGAGUAAGAUGAGAUUGUGUCACAUAUGUAUAUAUUAGCCCUAAAUAUGAGAUUUUCAAUGCUUCUGAGUUCUUAUGUUAGUCAGAUCUAAGCCAUGGUAUUUGUGUU